ACGUUACUCUGUUUCGGCAUAUUUGUAGCCAGAAUAUUUGCUUUUAUCAUCUUUUUUAUCACCAGUUGUUUAGUCGUUAAUGACAAGAAGUGUUUGAAAAUGAGAUAAGCACAAGAAGCACGCCCAUUUUAUCUACAGCCAGCACUACAACGAUUAGAGUUCCGUAAUCCAGUACCAGGCCACUCCGCCUACCUUCGGGUGGGCAGAGCGCAGCGAGGUCACCGCAACUGUUUAGAAGAUCCGAGUGAGCACGCUGCGCUGCUGAAAUUAUAAACGGACUCGCACGUGGAGAAAUGUCUAAACCUCUGUUAGGAAAGUCUGAGAGUGAACAGAGUUACUCAGAGCUGAGCGGUAUGACUGUAGGGAUAUUGGGAAGUGGAGACUUUGCCCGUUCUUUAGCGACAUGCCUUGUGUGCUCUGGGUUUAAGGUGGUGGUUGGGAGCCGGAAUCCAAAAAUAAGCGCAGCCCUGUUUCCUGCUAUAGCUGAAGUAACUACACAAGAAAAAGCUGUAAACAAGACGGAUGUCAUCUUUGUGGCAGUGUUCCGGGAGCACUACUCCUCUCUGUGUGAUCUAAAGGAGGCUCUUGAGGGUAAAAUACUGGUUGACGUCAGUAACAAUACAGAGGUGAACCACCAUCGUGAAUCAAAUGCCGAGUACCUGGCCUCACUGUUCCCAAAAUGUAUGGUCGUAAAGGGAUUUAACGUUAUAUCAGCCUGGGCUUUGCAGUCGGGUCCAAAAGAUGGUAAUAAGCAGGUCCUGGUCUGCAGUGAUAACAGAGAGGCCAGAGCUACAGUGUGUCAGAUUGCACGGAAUAUGGGGUUCAUCCCUGUGGAUAUGGGCUCACUCUCGUCUGCCAGAGAGAUUGAAAACAUCCCUCUGCGCCUCUUCCCACCCUGGAAGAUCCCACUGAUGCUCUCCCUGGGUCUCUUUGUGUUCUUUUAUGCCUAUAACUUCACCAGAAGGGUGAUCCAUCCUUACAUAACCAAGGGGGAGCACUGUUUUUAUGAAAUGCCAAUUGAACUUGUUAACGUCACGCUGCCCUGUGUGGCAUAUAUAAUGCUUUCCCUGGUUUACUUGCCUGGAAUCCUGGCAGCCUUUCUGCAGCUACGAUACGGCACUAAGUACAGGCGCUUCCCAGACUGGCUGGACCAGUGGCUGAAGCACAGGAAGCAAAUCGGCCUGCUGAGCUUUCUGUCGGCUGCACUGCAUGCUGUGUACAGUCUGUGCCUCCCAAUGCGGAGAUCUGCUCGCUACCAGCUGUUGAAUGCAGCCUUUAGACAGGUUAAGGAGGGUGAAGAGAACGCCUGGGUGGAAGAGGAGGUGUGGAGGAUGGAACUUUACAUCUCGCUGGGAAUCCUGGCUCUGGCUGCUCUUUCCCUGCUAGCAGUCGCCUCACUGCCCUCUGUUGGGAAUUCCCUCAACUGGAGAGAGUUUAGCUUCAUUCAAUCCAAACUGGGAUACGCUGCCUUGGUAAUAGCUACUCUCCACACACUAACCUUUGGGUGGAAAAAAGCCUUUGACGGAAGCCAUUACAAGUUCUACUUGCCUCCGACAUUCACACUUGCUUUGGUUGUGCCUUGUGCUGUCCUGCUUUUUAAAGUGUGCCUGCAGUUACCCUGUGUGAAUACAAGGCUGACACAGAUCCGAAGAGGUUGGGAAAAGGGACGACUUAUCAGGUUCCAGUUAUCCAAGGAGUCAGGUCUUUGCAAUGAAGACUUCAGCAAUGAGGACACAAGCAAUGUGUGACAGAAACAGUGCGUGCUAAACACACACACACACACACACACUGUUACUGCAGUCCCAGCUGGCAAAACCCAAAAGCAGUUUUCAAGCACUUCUUUUUUUACUCCCAGCAAAACAAAUCUAGACCAUGCUUGUAGUCUCCCCUAAAACUGUCAGUUUAAGUAGCAGUUGGGCUGUCUGCUUUAUUAACUUUGAUAUGUAGGUCAAAAACACUCAAAUGACUUUGCUGUACGCCAUGCUGCAAGGCAAAAAAUAUUACAUAUUCAUUGUGCAAUUUAAUGCUACGUAACUCAAGCUUCCAUGACAGAAUAUUGCUAAUCCCUUACAAAGGUAGUAAACGAAGCAAACCUUCCUCGUUGAACCAGUUCAGGGGGGAUGCAAUUGAUUUCCCAAAGAAUUACAAUAGGGUUCCCUUGAAUUUCCAAAAGUCAAUAUAAGGAUUUUAAAUUACUUCAGUUUGUGUUAUAACUCGUUAUUGUUUCAUUAUACAAAUCAGAGCUUUAAUGUCAAGCUACAGUGUCAAUUAUUGACCAUGCCAUUUCAGCUACAAACCACUUGCUUUUUAAUUUUUAUAUACAUGCAUUGUUCACCUAAAUGUGUGGCAUUCUUCUUUGAUUUUUAUCUUGCAUAUAUUAAGCAUUUACCAGCAAUAAUCUCAAGAAAAUCCACACGAUCAAAUCAAGAAUGCUUAACUUUGUAUAAAAUAUAUGGAGAACCUUGUUAUAAGUCUGGCAGUACAGAAUUUUUUUCUAAAACUGUUGUGUUUUUGGAUUAUGAAUUACAAACUGUUGUUAAUGUAGACAGUCGUCUUUCAGUAAACGAGUUGGCAAUUCAAAAAUAUGAUUAUACCAAUAAAGCCUAAAUACCUCCAGUAAA